AUGUCAUCAACAUCGUCUGGUAGUUAUGGUACUACAAUAACAGCCAUGAAAUCAACUGUAAAUGAUUCUAUGCAUAGUUCCUAUAUGAUUGCUGCUAAAUCAUCAGAAAUUAUGCCAACAACAAGUACUGCAAGACAUUUUGCUACAUCUGAUGAAGAUAAUUGUAAUGGAAAUAGUCGUAGUAAUAUACGUGGUAAAGAUAACGGUACCACACCAAUGGAUUCAGCACCAUCAUCUUCAUCAGCAUCAACAUCAUCAUCAUUAUCAUCUUCAUCAUCAACAUCAUCCGCAAAAGCUAAUCUUAGCAAUGGAUUAGGUACAAGUGGAGUGAUUCCAAUCAUUGAAAGCAAUAAUGGUAUUACUGGGAAGGGCAUGGAAGAUUUAGGCCCUGUAUCAAGGGAUCGAUGUAAUACUUGGCCUAUGCGACGAGCACAACUUGAUAUCAACGUUCAGACCAGUCCGUUAAUCCAUGAGCAAAUUUUGGAAGAGGAAACAGAGUAA